UCUUUCAUGCCCAAACGGUCUACGGUUGACGAAAUCCAUAACUCACCCUCUCUCGAUGAUAAUUGAUCGACAUUCGUUUUAGACAAUACCAGUAACAACUCACGUUCAAGUGAAUGCACUAAGCGCAACAGGUGCACAUUCAAUUGUGUUCAAAUAUGUUAACUAGCCGUUGAAGAAGUUGCACCUAUUGAAACAUUUUCACUAAAACAUUAUAGACGCUGCAGUCAGAAAGAAUGUUAAGAAAUAGAGAGAAGAGUUCAAUAGCGAUUACACCCCGUAAUAUUAAUUCACCGAUAGUCGCAUCUAAACAGCCCAGUGUUUUCUUUCCCACUUCACUUGCCUCCAAGCGAGUCCUGUGAGCCGGGUGACGUCAUGCUGGCACACAGAAGUUGGGAGUAGAAAGCAUGGAAAAGCUAAGUGGGUGAAGCAAGCGGAAUUCUCCACCCUCCGCCUUUUCUGACACUUCUCGUAAAUAUUACAGUUAAGAAGAGCCUUGUUUUUUUGUUGGUUUAGACUGGACUCACUGGGUAGUCCGUCUGUUCAGGAGCACCGAUCCGGCAGUUUUCUAAACAACUUUGUGCGCGGUGUUGAGCUCCGAGCAACGGUGGAGCUGUUGCCACUCGCCGCUUGUAGACGGAUCUCUAUCCGGUUUUCGCGCUACUGUCCACACUGCCUGGACCUUGUGUGACUCAACGUCCAAGAUUUGCAAAUACUCCAUAAUCCAUCUUGGUAACUAGAAUUUGGUAAUCCUUAGAAAAUAUCAAAUUGGGCGACAUUACAGAAAUCUAAUUGUUUUAAGGAAAACUGUAGGCUAUAUUUCAUUUUUUGAUAUUCUUCAGCUGUUACUUUUGCACCGACAGUGGAUUUUGAUUGUUAAAAUAUAAAACAGUGUAGAACGACACUGUCCACGAUGAGCAAAGCCACCUGUUCAACAAGUGGGUGUUUGGAUAUUCUGAAUGUUAAAUCAAGUCGUAUCUUGGAUAUCCCGUGUAAAGUGUGUGGGGACCGGAGCUCUGGGAAACACUAUGGCGUGUAUGCGUGUGACGGCUGCUCUGGCUUCUUCAAGAGGAGCAUCCGCAGAAACAGAACAUACGUCUGUAAAUCAGGCUGUCAGGGAGGAUGCCCCGUGGACAAAACGCACAGAAACCAAUGCCGAGCGUGCCGCUUGAUAAAGUGUCUCGAAGUGAACAUGAAUAAAGAUGCCGUUCAGCACGAGAGGGGUCCCAGGACGUCCACCAUACGCAAGCAGGUCGCCCUAUAUUUCCGGGGGAACAAAGAGGUGAACGGUUCAUCGACCCACUUCCCGGGUUCGAGCCUACCGGGGCCGCCAUUGUUCACUACGGUCACACAACUGGAGCCACCUAACUUGGAGAUGAGCACAGUAGCCUGCACUCCGGAGAGGCAGGCCAUCGUGGGACUGGCCCAGCCCACUCCGAAGUACCCUCACGAGGUCGGCGGCACGCCCAUGUAUCUCUAUGAGGUUGCUACUGAGUCGGUGUGUGAGUCAGCCGCGCGCCUGCUGUUCAUGAGCAUCAAGUGGGCCAAGAGCGUGCCCGCCUUCUCCACGCUCCCCUUACCUGACCAGCUGAUCCUCCUGGAGGAAGCCUGGAGAGAACUGUUUGUUCUGGGCAUAGCGCAGUGGGCCAUUCCGGUGGACUCCAACACCCUGCUCGCUGUUUCCGGUAUGAAUACAGACAACACAGAGUCCCAGCCGAUGAAUAAAAUAAUCUCCGAAAUACAAACCCUGCAAGAGGUCGUUACCUGGUUCAGACAGCUGCGCCUGGACGCAACUGAGUUCGCCUGUUUGAAGUGCAUCGUCACGUUUAAAGCUGCAGUGCCAACGCAUGACGGGUCGGAGUUGAGGAGUUUCCGCAACGCCAGUGCCAUUGCUGCACUCCAGGAUGAGGCACAGCUCACCCUAAACAGUUACAUACACACCAGAUAUCCAACUCAGCCCUGCCGCUUUGGGAAGCUGCUCCUACUUCUACCAGCUCUGCUGUCAGUCAGCCCAUCCACCAUAGAAGAAGUAUUUUUCAAGAAGACCAUCGGGAACGUGCCCAUCACAAGGCUCCUCUCUGACAUGUACAAAUCAAGCGAUAUAUGAGUUUAUUUCCGCCAUAUCAACAUUACGCUCACUAGCCAAGAGUGUCUGUUAAGGCUCAUAGACACAAACAUUCUAAUGAGCACGUGACAAAUUGAACUUGAAGAACAUAAAAACGUUGAUUUUACAAAUCUUUGGGUUAGGCUUACGUUUUGAGGAUGUAUACUGAACAGAAAUAUAAACAGAACAUGUAAAGCAUUGGUCCCAUGUUUCAUGAGCUGAAAUAAAAGACCCCAGAUUUUUUUCCUUAUGCUCAAAAAGCUUAUUUCUCUCAAAUUUGGUGCACAAAUUUGUUUACAUCCCUGUCUGAGCAUUUCUCCUUUGCCAAAUUAAUCCACCCACAUGAAUGGUGUGGCAUAUCAAGAAGCCGAUUGUUCAUUACACAGCUGCACCUUGUGUUGGGGACAACAACAAAAAAACACUCUAAAAUGUGCAGUUUUGUCAUAUAACACAAUGCCACAGAUGUCUCAAGUUUUGAUGGAGCCUGGAAUUGGCAUGCUGUGACUGCAGGAAUGUCCACCAGAGCUGUUGCCAGACAAUUUAGUGUUCAUUUCUCUACCAUACCAACGUCGUUUUAGAGAAUUUCGCAGUACAUCCAAACGGCUUCACAACUCCAUAUCCGGCUUCAUUACCUGCGGGAUUGUCUAAGACCAGCCACUCAGACAGCUGAUGAAACUGAGGAGUAUUUCUGUCUGUAAUAAAGCCCUUUUGUGGGGAAAAACUCAUUCUGAUUGGCUGUGGUCCUGCACAGUCAUGUGAAAUUUAUUUAAAUUGACUGAUUUCUGUAUAUGAGCUAUAACGCAGUAAUAUCAUUGAAUUAUUGCAUGUUGCAUUUAUUCUUUUGUUCAGUAUAAUAAUAGAAUUGUCUAGCCAAUUUAAGAUUGCUACAAUUUCGCUAAAUACUGCAAUCUCUGGUUUACACAAAAUAAGGAACAUCUUUAGUUGAAAUGAGCCAUCUGUGUGCAAUUGGUGAACCUUUAAAACGUAGAGAUGUUUUUGAGUGUCUCAAAGACCAAUAAGCUUUACGACCAAUGCCCUUUCAAUCUUUUAUUGCCAUGUUCAAUCUGAUCGACAGGAAGAAACCAAAAAAGAUGAUGCACAGCAUGAUCCACGGUCAGAUGUGCUAUAGGGUCGUUGCCCCCUUGCCCAAUACUGAAACCAAAGGGUGUGAAGUGUCACAACUGCCUGCAUGAAGUGGAGGGGCCACCUCCUCAAGGUAGGAGAAUGCUGAUUGUCCUCUAGGAGCUCAUGUGAUGAUCCCAUACAAGCGAUGAAUGACAGGCAGAAGGAAUUGAGAAAUAAAACGACUUUUGGUAUGUGCAGUUUUUAGUGUUCAAAGGCUGAGUGAAAGAAAUGUCACCUGUUUGCGUUUGUGUGUCAGUAUGUGUGGGGAAGUAUUAAGUAGGAAGUUAGACAUUAACACUGGAAACAAAUAUUCAGCACUUGGAUUUGUGGAUUUUGUUGUUGGCUGUAAAUAUUUUUCUCUGUUGUACAAAGUGGGAGUUUUAUUCUUGUGAGAGUUGUACUGAAAUAUAUUAGAAGAAUAAAUAUUGAAAUAUGUGUGUCCCAAAUUGUAAUUUAGUUACCUUAUACCACAUUUUUUGGGAAAUUGAUUUACAUUUCAUUUUUGACUAAAUAUGCUAUCCAGUUCUCUCAGGUACAGUGCCUUCAGAAAGUAUUCAUAACCCUAGACUUAUUCCACAUUUUGUUGUACUACAAAAAAAAUCCCUAGUCCUUUACUGGUGACAAGCAUACCCAUGAUGCAGCCUCCUCUAUGCUGGAAAAUAU